AUGUGUACCUCUGUAUCUCUAGUUCCUGUACUCCACAGGUUUUUGCUAAAAGCUGAGAACCAGACUGUUCCACUAUGCUUUGAUGUCAGUGGACCUGUCCGCCUUAAACUUCUUCACUAUCCCAGCAGGGAACUGUCUGUAAAUGGUGAGCUUGAUUCAGUUACAAAUGGAGGCUUCAGCAGAAUUUUCAUACACGUCAAAGACAGCCAACAUGUUGAGAUCGACACCAACUGGGUCACUGUACGAGAUGGACAGACAGUGACAUAUUACACUGGACAGGAUCGCAUUACAGCUGGAAGUGUAACAGUGAUUGUGCGCAACAACGAAAUAGACGUUGCCACUGGAGACAUGCGAAUGGUCAUCAUAGUUCAUGAGAACAAUGGUCCAAAAAUCCUUUGGCCAGUUUUAAGACAGCGUCCCUCGGACAACAAUGCUGAAGGACUUUUAGCUGUAGAGGCUGCAGUUUAUGAGGAGGUACAGCAAGCUCCUGUCAGAAAACUAAAGAUUAAAAACCAGGAGGCAGACGUUACUGGGGAGAUGGUUGUUGACUACAGCUUUGCUUCUCCUGUCACAAUGAACUGUUGGCUCACGUCUGCUGACUCUGCCCUGCAGAGACCACUGUUCCAGUUUGUCAUUACACAGCUUUAACUGGCAAAUAUGUUGAUUUAUUUGAAAAAUCUUUCAUUUAAAAGGAAAACAAGGCAAAAACAUAUAUUGUGGAAACUUUCUUUCCAUCUGUUUCCAACAUGUAGAAAUAUAACUGUGAAUGUGGAUCUAGUGUCAGACAGCAUUACCAAUUAAAAAUAACAUACAUAAAUCAGGAUUUAUGAUUACCACCAUCUGCCAUUAACAUAGCGUCCAAAAUGACACAAAUGCAGUUGAGAUGACAAUAACAGGCAUACUUCUACACCUUUAUUUUUUAAAUUCGUUGAAAAAUAAAAAAAUUAAU